AUGGGGGCGGAGGUGUGGCUGGGCGGCGGGCGGAUGUGCUGCUGGGCUGAAGUGCGGAUGUGGGCGGAGCUGGGUUGGAGGUUCGGCCGGAAUUUCGGAAGACCGCCGUACGAUGCCGCCUAUCAUCACCAUAGCGCCGCCCGUCUGAAACUCCGACCAGCUCCGCACUUUCGAAAUUCAGAUCGAACCUCCCCAGCUCCGCCAUCCGCCCACCCGUCGUCGUUCAAACUUUCAACCGCCUUCUCCCAGCCGCACCUCCGCCCCAUCUCCGUCCAUUCGAAGAAUCAGCCGCACCUUCGCCAUUCAAAGGUUCAGCAGCACCUCCGUCCAUCUCCGUCCGUUCAAAGGUACGGUCGCCACCUCCACCCGUUCAGACUGCCACAAUUGACGGCAUUCAGCCGCCAGUUCGCCGUCCAUUGA